AUGGAAGAAGUCGAAGAAGCCGAAGACGCACCCACCGCUGACUUCCGCCUCUUCGCCUCCACCUACUCCAAGACCAAAAACAUCAGCGCGCAAACCAUCCGCAAGGGCGGGAAGGACUUUGAGUCGCACGGCACGCGCGCGCAAGCAUCCGCGCUGGACGCCAGCCGCGAGGCGAUGCGCGAUGUUUUGAGUUAUACGAGGGUGCAUAAUCCCAAGUCGGGAUCUAGGGGUUGGUAUUUCCCUGAUUGGUGGAGGGAUUGGCCGGAGGAUUGGGAGGAGCAGCAGAAGUCGAAGGGGGGAAAGGAGGGAGAGGAGAAGGAGAAAAUACCGCCACUGCAUAUCAGGGAUCGCGUGGUCAUUCUGGAACAUGCUAGUGUGGCCAGCCAAAGUCUGGGGAGGGCGGCCACGGGCUUGCCGAAGGAUAGGCCGGCUAAGGGGAGGGAUUGGUUGUUGCCUGAGGAGGCGCUGUACCUGGUGGAGAGAGGGAGUUUGGAUCUGUGGUGGCCUACGAGGGGGGUGGAGGAGAUUUUUCCUGCUGAUGGGUCGGUGGCGGCUGCUGCUGCUGCUGCUGCCGAGGCAGAGGGAGAACAAAAGGGCGACGGCAACGAGGAGGACGAGGAUGAUGAGUACAAGUACGGCUUCCCGCUCUCCCUUCAGGCAGCGUACGCUCUGCUCAUCGGCGAAGACGGAGAAAGAGGCAAAGUCAGCUUGCAAAAGUUCCAAGUCUUCAGCCACCUGAAGCGAGCAGGUUACAACGUCAUCCGGGCCCCGACGACCAACCUUCCUCCUCCUGUCCAGGAUGACACUCAACUUACGACGACAACAACACCAGCAAAGCCCAAGACCGUCACAGAAUGGCUCAUCUCCUGCCUCCCCCAAUCGAAGGAAUCCUCCCCCGUCGACCCCCCGCCCUACGGCCCUCUCGUCCCGCCAGGCCUCUACCGCUCUUACAACACCAUCUACAACCACCUCUCUCUCCGCCCUCAGGCAUCUCCCACCGACCAGCCUCGGGUCCCCGCCCAAUCUCCAGAGACGGAUUCACCCUUCAAAAUCCACUACCACAUCUACAAAGCCUCCACACACUUCACCCGCACCCGCCCCCCGCCCCCCGACUUUUAUAUAUCCGUCAUCUCCGCGACAUCAACCACCAUCCCCACGCUCUCCGAGAUCUCCAGUCUCCUCGCCUCCGCCCCGGCCGACUUGCCCAAGACCGAAUGGCUAACCGGUGGCCCUGGAAGACUGUAUGCGCGCCUGAAACAUGGGUACAGGAAUGUCUUGUUGGCGGUGAAUGACCAUGGGGUGAUUAAUUAUAUGAGGUUUGCCGAGGGCGGGUUUGCGAGGGAGGAGUUGUUUAGGGGUUUUGAUGGGAGGGUGAGUGGGGAGCCGAGGAGAGGUGGUGGGGGAGGAGGGGGUGGUAAGAAGUCUGGGAAUAAUGGUAGGGGAAGUCGAGGGGGACGGGGAGGAGGACGUGGUGGCGGGAGGGAUUAUUACCCGGAUCUUCCGGCCAAGGGAGUAGUCGCUGGCAGGUAG